AUGCUCGAUCCCCUCCACACCAACCAAUUGCCAGCCAAGGUUAAAUCCAACAAGUUGAUGAACGACGCCGACUUGGCACGCCUCAAGGCUCGCGUAGUAGGACGGGUGAGGAAGCUCGAUUCACGCUUGUCCCACCACUUGAGUGCCACCAUCACUGAGAAGGCCUUCUAUGCCUUUGCCCUCUACUCGAUCUUUGCCUGCGGGAUCAUCCUUACCAAAUACCCGGAAUGGUUCCACGUGUUCUAUACCGCCAUGUUUGUACUCUUGAUGCCUGUGCGCUUUUACACCUAUUUCAAAAUGUCCUUCCAGUACUUUCUCGCCGACUUGUGCUACUUCAUCAACAUGUUGUUGCUUCUCUACAUAUGGGUCUUUCCCCAGAGUCGACACUUGUAUAUGACCUUGUUCUCCUUUUCUUUCGGGACGCUUAGUUGGGCAGUCAUCACCUGGAGAAACUCACUUGUGUUGCAUUCGAUUGAGAAAACCACCUCGUCCUUCAUCCACAUCAUGCCCCCAGUGACGCUAUUUGCCAUCACUCACCAAAUUUCCCCAGAAUUCAAACUUGACCGGUUCCCAGGUGCGGCUGCUGUUGCCGGCUCCCACUGGCACGUCACCCGCUCGUUGUUCUACACCUCUCUUUACUAUCUCGUCUGGCAAUCGUUUUACCACUACUUCAUUACGGUGAAGAAGGCAGAUAAAAUCAAGGCGGGGAAGAGAGUCACGUCUUUUGAGUGGUUGCGCAAGAAGCACGCCCAUAGCAAGCUUGGUAUGGCGAUAAACUCAUUGCCCGAACCGCUUCCUGUGUUUGCGUUCAUGUUCAUCCAGUACUUCUACCAGAUAUCCACGAUGGUUUUUGUGCCUCUCUGGUUCCGCUCCGACUGGCUUUGCGCUGGGUUCUUGACCUUCAUCUUCAUCUGGGCAAGUUUCAACGGAGCCACCUACUACAUUGACGUCUUUGGGAAUCGCUUGGAGAAGGAGGUGGCCCGCUUAGAGAAAGAGAUCAUGGAGUUGCAGGAGGAGAGUACUUGGAAGCUAGAAACUAAAUCUCAGAAUAUGAAAUUUUGA